AUGUCGCUAUCAAAAAGCGGUGGAGAUGCGCAAUUGCUUGUUCUUGACAUAUGUGAGAAGGUGAUUACUCUCGAGAUUUCACCGCAAGAUGCUUUCGCCAAGCUUGAAGAGUUGAAGACAACUUUUUCGCUUCUGCCAUCUCUCCUUCUUGAUGUACUCGUAUCCGUCGAAGGUGAUGCACAAAACAGUGAAAUCAAAGAAGCUGUACCAAAAUUUGCUGAAUUCGUUGGUCUGGUGGCAGAUAAGAUUGUUCCUGCCGAUAUUCUGAAGAUCGAACUGGAUGUGUUAGAGGCAUCUCUGCCAACAAAUAAACAACAGCUUGUACGUUUGAAAACAAGGCUUUACUACAAGCAAGCCAAGUUCAAUUUACUGCGUGAAGAAAGCGAAGGAUAUGCGAAGCUAAUAACAGAGUUGAUGGAUGGUGGAGGAGGUAUUCCAGCCAAGACCAUGAUGACAAGGGUGCUGUGUCUGAUUGGUCAAUUCAAUCUUGACCCGAAUCGGGUAACAGACAUCGCUCUGGAGUGUUUCGAGUGUUGCGCUUCUCAGAAGCAAUUCUACAUUGCUCUUCUGAAAGAAAUCAAAGCCAACAAGGACUAUCUAUGUACUCUUCUUGGUUUCAAGUACACGUUUUAUCAUGCCGCAGGAAAGGAGACACCCUUUUCUUUGUAUGUUGUGACAUCGUCUUUAAUUCAAGAGGACAUGAUCGAUUUGAUGAAAAUAACGGGCUUUAUGGUACCGAAAGCAGAAGGAAUCAAAGAAACGCAUCGCGCUCGCGCAGCAAAGGCUGGAGAAAGGGCUAGGAAGGCGGAAACAAUUCUUGCGUCGAACAUCCCGUUAGAAGUUUCUCGUAAUUCCAAUGUCGACGCUAUGGACACUGGUCAGUCCAUUGUUGGAGUCUCUUUUGCCACAGUGGCUGCAAUUCAAGAAGCCGACGAUGCUAAACUUGCUGCUGAACUUAACGAGGAAGCCGUGCUUUCAACAAAUCAGAAACUCGGACUGGUUUGCGCUCUUAUCGAGGACGGUGCGUGGCCGCUGGCAAAGAUACUCAUCGACAGAUUGCCCGAAUACUAUGCAGUACAAGCAAGCGUACGCGUCAGCAAUGCCAUAUCGGAUCUUAUUGGGCAGGUUAUAGAAAAGUUCUACAUAGAAAAAUGUUCCAAUAAGCUGGAAGAUUUGAACCUCAAUACAAAACGUGAUCCUUCUAAAAUGUCGUCAUUAGAUCCAGUCCGUUCAUGGUCUGACCUUGCGUCUCUUACUUCCAUUUUGUGGUACGUGGGGCCUCGAUUGGCCUAUCGACCCCUUAUUAUGACCAAACUUGUGCGACUGAUCGUCGCUUUCUAUCGUGAACAACUGAAAGGACCAGAUGGAGCACCAGCAGAUUCACCAGUAGCUCGAACUAUGAUGGAUAUCGUGGACGAAGUAAUAGUGCCUGGAUUAUCGCUCUCUGAUUUCAACACUGGGCUGUCCGAAGAGAUAUGGACGCUGCUACAAUUCUUUCCUUAUACGCUACGCUAUCGACUAUAUGGACAUUGGAAGUAUGGCAAUACGAUUCGUCAUCCUGAAGUAAACAUUAUGCGAGGAAAAGUUCUCGGUAGAACAAAAUAUGUGCUAAAGCGACUAUCAAAGGAGACAGUACGAGUGAUGGGUCGACAGUUGGGAAAAUUGUGUCACAUUCAUCCGAUAACGGUUUUUGACUACUUACUCAGUCAGGUGCAAACAUUUGACAAUCUUAUACAACCGGUAGUGGAAAGCUUGAAGUUUCUCACUAACCUGGAGUUUGAUAUUUUGACAUUUUGUAUAAUCGAACAGUUGGCAAGUCCCGAUAAGCAGCAACUGAAAGCUUCAGAUGGGAAACUCAGCCCAUGGCUGCAAGCUCUUGCAACAUUGGUUGGUGCGAUUUACAAAAAGUACAAUGUGGAAUUGUCUGGAAUGUUGAAUUAUGUCAUGAACCAGCUCAAAAAUGAAAAAAGCUUUGACUUGCUUGUGCUACGUGAAGUCAUCCAGAACAUGGCUUGCAUCGAAGGUGUGGCUGGAGCAACUCCUGACCAGCUUGAGGCACUUGGUGGCGGAGAGCUGCUCAGACAAGAGGCUGGAAGUUUCACUACUACAAGAAACAAGCGCGCAUCUGCACGUCUACGUGAUGCUAUCAUGAGUGGCGACACUGCUGUAGCCCUGUGCAUUUUGAUAGCUCAGCAAAGAGAAUGUGUAGUGUACCAUGAUAGUUCCCGCUUGCCUUUGAAGUUGAUUGGAGAAAUGGUCGAUCAGUGUCGGGAUACGCUCCUUCAACUUGGCACCUUUCUUCUGUCCAACUUUCGGCAAGACGACUAUGCCCAAAGGAUGCCUUCUGCACAUUCUCUCGUCAUGGACUAUCAUCUCCGCAUCGACGCCGCAAUGUACCUUACCCGGCCUACGUAUUUGCCGAAGAUACACAAUGCAUAUGAUUCUGCAAAGCGCGCAAUGAAAACAGAUAACGACACUAAAAAAAUGGAUGCACAACAAAAGUUUAUAUUCUUCAAAUCCGCAUUUGAUGAUGUAAUCUCAAAACUGAUCAAAGAACUCGAGCCUUGUAUAUCCAAGCAUGCUUGCCGAGACAUUCCCAUCAGGCUCUUCGUUGUUUUCUGGAUAUUGUCCUCUUACGAUAUUGAAGUUCCCACUGCAGCAUAUGAAAGAGCUAUCGAGAACAUUCACAAGCAGAUAAAGGAUGUGGGUGAUUCGGCAGUGAUGAGUAAGUCCAAACGACAAAAGGAAGAGGAUCGGUUACGUAGUCUAGAGAGCAAGCUCAGAGAUGAAGAAAAGCGUCAAGCCGAACAUGUUGCGCGGAUACGAGCAUGGUUCCAAAGUGUCAAGGAUGAUUUGUUUGAGGCUGGACGUGGACAACAAACAAGUGCCUUCAUACAAACAUGCAUUUUACCUCGAGUGCUUUUCUCAGAAUCUGAUGCGAUCUAUUCUGCAAAGCUCAUCAUAAUUUUACAUCAACAAAGGAUUACUCUGUUCCAGUCUUUAGUGUUUAUCGAUAAGCUUUUUAUUGAUGUAUUGCCGUUAAUUUGUGCAUUGACCGAGAAUGAAGCAAACUCUAUGGGGACAUUCUUGCAAAUUUUGCUCAGCCAUGCGCAACGCUGGCAUUCGGAUAAUGCAAUAUUUGAGAAGGAGUGUGAAGGGUUUCCUGGCUUGGUUUCCAAGACGCGACAAGAUAAGACCACAGAAAGCGUUAACUACGAAAGUUUUCGACGGCUUUGUUUCAAGUGGCAGAUGCGAUUACACACUGCAUUCAACUCUGUGCUGUCGGUGGAGAAUAAUGAGUAUGUACAAGUCAGGAAUUGUUUGGUGGUCAUGACAAAGUUGGCCCCUUGCUUCCCUCUUCUGAAAGAUCUUGUCGAGAGCAUAGAAAAAAUGGUUGAAAGGCUCCGUGAUCACGAAAAGGGCAAGCGAGAUGAACUGUCACUCAAAGCUGCAAGCUAUCUUGUACGCCUGAAAAUGCGAAAUGUCACUGUCUACGAAGGAUUGCAAUUCCAUCGUCCAAUCGUAAAGCAUACAAAAGUAAGUCCGAAUCUCGACCGAAAAAGGCUUGCCACGGCAGGCGCCGUUGCUGAUGCGAAGAAGAAAAUCCGAGCAGAAAAGCCAAAAGUGGUAGAGAAGAAGGAACAAGAGCUGAAAACUCCGGAAAAGAAGGAGGUCCCGAAGGUUGAGAGAAAGGAGAAGAAGGAGGAAGUACUACCAACAAAGGAAGCAAAGAAGGAGGUGCCCGAACGAGAGGAGGGUGAAGUUCCACCAAGUCCACCUCAUAAAAAGAUUCGUGUACAGUCCGUGGAGAAAGCGGCGAAUGGUGUAACAAGAGAUCGCAAAGAAGCAGUUCCUGCCAAAGAGGUGAAAGAGGAGAAGAAAGAUCAUAAAGAAACAAAGGAAAGGAGAGAAGACGAAAGAAGAGAAACGAGAGCUAAGGAGAAACGGGAUCCAACACCAUCAAGGAAAGAGGAUGUACCCAAAGAUGUAACAUCACCCAAACGAAGGGAUCGAGGACUUGACGACGAAGAAGUUGGACCUGCGCUCCCACCAUCGAUGAGAGAAGAACGAACAGAUGAUCGAAAGCGUGACCAAAAGACGCACAAGCGAUCGGCUAGAGACGAAGAGCAGAAUGGGCAUUCCAAGGUCCCACGAAAAGAUCGUGAACAAAUCGAGUCAAGACUAACCCGACCGGUAUCCCGUGAGCGUAGAGUCCCAUCACCAAUUCGAGAAAAAGACAGGCGGGAAGACAAGAAGGACAGGAGAAAAGAUAGUAAACCUUUGCGGAAGUAGUGUAGUAUAUGUAUAGUCAUCGACAUAGGAUUCAAGCAUCAGGCUCCACUCCCACCUGUGUUACCUCGAAACCUGUUAUUAUCUGUUUGUUACGUGUUGUGUAUCUACAGAAUCUAAUGAAAUAUAAUGGAUCUCUUCGUGUAAUGAAUGCC